CAGCGAGCCCGCUUUUCCGUCUCGGCUUGUCUCAUGGAGCCUCGCCUCAGCUUUUCUCCCCCCGACCACAGCCUCUUCGAUCAGCCGCUGGCCAUCUCGGUGGAAGGGCUCCGGCCCGAGCAGGAGGUCGGCCUCCGCGCCUCGCUGGAGGAUGAGAGAAGCGAGCGCUUCGAGUCGCGCGCCUUCUACCGAGCAGACGGCGAGGGCCGCCUGGAUCUGCAGCGCUCGCCGGCGCUCGAGGGCGGGACCUUCUCCGGUUUGGAGCCGAUGGGGCUGCUGUGGGCGCUGCAGCCGCUAAAGCCCCUCCGGCGCCUGGUGAAGCGCGACGUCGAGGUGCCCUUUCGCCUGGAGCUGGAGGUGUUGGAAAGGCAGGGAGCGUCUCUGCCGGGUGGCCUCUUGGCCAAGGGCUCCCACGAGCGGAGAUUCCUGGGCGACGGGGUGAAGAGAAUCCCGGUGCGGGACGGGAGCAUCCGGGCCACUCUGUUCCAGCCUCCCGGUAAAGGCCCCUUUCCAGGUAUCAUUCAGAUACCUGGAACUGGAGGAGGGAUUCCAGAAAGUUCAGCAUGUCUGAUGGCCAACCAUGGCUUUGCCGUAUUAGCUUUGGCCUAUUAUGGGUAUGAAGAUCUUCCUAAGGACAUGAAGGAAUUUCAUCUGGAGUACUUUGAAGAAGCUGUCAAUUAUAUGCUAAAACACCCAGUGGUUAAAGGUCCAGGAAUUGGGCUGUUGGGACACUCCAAAGGGGGUGACCUCUGUAUUUCCAUGGCCUCAUUUUUAAAAGGCAUCACUGCAAUAGCCACAGUUAAUGGUUCUAUAGCCAAUGUAGGUGCAACACUACGCUACAAGAAUAUCACCAUUCCACCUCUUGGCAUUAAUGCAAGUCGAGUCAAAAUUGAUCAGAAUGGGAUCUGUGACAUUAUUGAUGUCCUGAAUAACCCACUUGAAGGUCCUGACCGCCAAAGCUUAAUUCCAUUGGAGAAAGCUGAGGGAUGCUUUCUUUUUAUUGUGGGCAUGGACGAUCGUAAUUGGAAGAGUGAAUUUUUUGCCAAGGAAGCUGCCAAUUGUUUACAAGCUCAUGGAAAAGACAAGCCUGGAAUCAUUUGCUAUCCUGAAACAGGUCAUUACAUUGAACCUCCUUAUACACCACUGUGCCCUGCUUCAGUCCACUUUUUGGUGGGCAAGACAGUGGUCUGGGGAGGGGAACCCAGAGCACACGCAGCAGCGCAGGUGGAUGCUUGGAAGCAGAUUCAAAACUUCUUUCACAAAACCCUCAACAGCAGCAAGAACAAACUGUGAAUGUAUUAUGAGCUGGGAUUCAGAAUGUACGUUUGUUAAGCUAAAUACCUGGGAUGGGAGAAUAAAGCUGGGAAUGUAUAUGAAAUGGGGGCAAGAAGAAGCAAACUCCUAGGUAAUGAAGCCCAUUUGAACAUUGUUUAUCUAGCCUUCAAAUAUUGUUUCUGCAUUCUGUAUUAAAGUUCUGAAGACUGGGAUCUGCAUACGGUGGUAGCACCAGAUGGUGGCCACAACAGUGUGAUUUUGAUUUAUUGGUUUAUUUAUUUAAAUCUAUACAGCCACCCCUUACUACAGUGACCCUGGGUUGUGAGCAAAGUUUAUAUGGAAAGCAUCAUAGAAAACCUUAAGACAUAUAGUGCUAAAUAUAUAGUUCAAGACAAACACCAGAGGAAAGUCCUGGGAUCCAUAGUUGGGGGGGGGGGGAGAGACCAUGUACACACAAUCAAGUUCAAAGCCCCAGCCACCUGCAGUCCAAUUUAGAAACAACUUUUUUCAACUGCUCUAAAUUUUUCUUACCUUACUUUUAAAUUGUAAUUGUUAUCAAGUUUCAUUGCAUUUGUUAAAGUAAGAUAGCAUACAUGCCGCUGCUAACUUAAAAUGAAUUUAGAAGUGCAAUAAAUUUAAGUAUUUGCAGAUCCAAAUAUGUGAGAUUCAGCACAUAUAUGUUUUUUUCCGCUGACGGUGAAAUGUUUCAAGUGAAAUAAAUUACUAACACU